AUGCAUUCAAAAGGGGCUGUUGAAAUUGACAGUAAUGAGCAUAUCUAUGCACAUCCGGAUUAUGUCGAAAGACUUUACGAUCAUCGAACAUGCGGUGCACAAACUCUGUACGAAGUUGUUGAACGCGCUGUACAAUCAUAUGGUGAUCGGCCUCUUUUCUCAUAUAGAGACUCGUCCAAUAAGCCGUUCGAAUCCUAUGCCUACAAGCAAGUAUUCGAUAUGACAAAUGAUAUCGGAAGUGCAAUGGUUCAAAUCGGUUUAAAAAAAUCUAAUGAUACAUUUAUCGGCAUAUAUGGUUCGGCUACAGUUCACUAUGCACUCUUUCUUUUAUCAUCAUGGUCUUUUUCGCUUGUACCGGUUGGCAUCUAUGACACCCUUGGCAAAGAUGGUGUUCGAUUUAUUGUCAAGCAUGCUGAACUUCAGUUGAUUUUUGCUGAUGAUUUGGAGCGAGUGAAAAAUUUGGUCGAAUGGCACAGUGAAGAAUCUGUACUUAAAACGAUUAUCAGUUUGUUGGAGCCGUCGUCAGAAUUGGUCCAAGCAGCGAAAUUGAAAGGCGUUCAAAUAAUUACUUUUGAAAAAAUGAUGGAAAUGGGUGGAGCUCAUCGAACAGAGCGGGUACCACCUAAACCAACCGAUAUUGCAGUAAUCAUGUAUACUAGCGGCAGUACGGGUGAACCAAAAGGAUGCGUCAUCACACAUGAGUCCUUCAUGUGUGCUUCUAUGGGGAUAAUGCUAGUCGUCGAUCUAGAAGGACUAGUACGAGAAGAGAUUCCACGCGUCCUCAAUUUUAUGCCAUUGGCUCAUAUGUUUGGUUGUGGAACACUUAUUACCACAAUAUACCUGGGUGGAGAGUUCGGCUUCUGGCAAGGUAGUGUUGACAAAUUAAUGGAUGACUUUCGAGAUUUCAAACCAAAUACAAUCAUAAUGGUACCUCGUCUUCUCAACAAAUUAUAUGAUACUGUAAUGUCAGAAGCACGUCGAAAAGGUCUUUCUGCAAUCAAUAAUUUGAAAUCAGCCAUUCAAUCCAAAUUGGCUGAGGUUCGACAGGGUAACUUUUCCCAGGAUACUACUUGGGAUAGUCAAAUUUUCCAUCAAAUUCGUUUAAUAUUCGGCAACAAAGUCAAACGUGUAAUUUCAUCAAGUGCACCAUUAUCGGCUGAAGUAGCAGACUUUUGUCGAGCAAUGUUUUCAUGUAUGUUUAUAGAAGGCUACGGACAAACUGAGUGCGUAGCAGGUUGUUGGCAAGCAAUGAACGAUACUCAAUCAGGUGAAACAGCAUAUUUUGCACGAGAUGGUGUGGGUGAAAUUUGCAUUCGUAGCAAGGCUGUAUUCAGUGGGUAUUUAAAAGAUGAAGCAAAAACACGCGAAACAAUCGACGAGGAAGGCUGGCUACACACAGGCGAUAUUGGCCGAUGGACAGAAAAUAAUACGAUGCGCAUUAUUGAUCGAAAAAAAAACAUUUAUAAGUUAAGCCAAGGUGAAUAUAUAGCACCCGAGAAGAUCGAAGGCAUUUACGCGCGUAGUCAAUUUAUAUCACAGGUGUUUGUUUAUGGCGACUCCUUUCAAAAUUUUCCCGUAGCUAUUGUUGUACUCGACGAUGGAUUUGUAAAAAAAUGGGCCGCUGAAAACAGUAUUGAUGCAACACUUCUUGCUACACCCGAAAUCAAUGAUAGAUUGCGUCAAGCCGUAUUGAAAGAUAUGAUUGAAAAUGGAGAAAAACGAGAUUUGAUGUCGUUCGAACAAGUGAAAGGAAUUGAACUGAUUACGGAACCAUUUACAAUUGAAAAUGGUCUUAUGACACCGACGUUUAAGGCCCGACGAUACGCUGUCGAGAAACAGUACAAGCCAAUUUUUGAUAAACUAUAUAAAACUAUGAAGGCCUAG